AUGGCCAUUAUGAUGAAAGUUCUUCUUCUAGGGCUGAGUGCAUUCCAGCUGGUGUCUGCGGGAAAUUCUAGCUACACUGAGCUCUACCGCCCUCAGUACCACUUUACCCCUUCCAUAAACUGGAUGAAUGACCCCAAUGGCCUCCUGUAUUGCAAGGGAAUAUACCACCUUUUCUACCAAUACAACCCGGGUGGAACAACGUGGGGUGCCAUGUCAUGGGGUCAUGCGACCAGUCGCGACUUAACCCACUGGGAGCAUCACCCUAUCGCCCUCGAGGCCCGUGGCUUUCCUAACAACAUCACUGAGAUGUUCUUCUCCGGAUCUGCUGUGGCUGAUGUUGAUAAUACGAGUGGUUUUGGUCACAAUGGCAAAACGCCCUUGGUUGCCAUGUAUACUUCCUAUUACCCGAUCGCACAAACCUUGCCAAGUGGAAAGAAAGUUCAAAAAGACCAGCAAGCCCAGUCUAUUGCAUACAGUCUGGACGAUGGCAUGACAUGGAUCACAUAUGAUGUGGCAAACCCGGUUAUUUUGGAUCCUCCUGCCCCAUAUUCAGAUCAGUUCCUUGACUUCCGUGAUCCCAACGUCUUCUGGCAUGAACCAACGAAGAAGUGGAUUGCUGUCCUCUCUUUGGCAAAGGUUCACAAGCUCCUAAUUUAUGCAUCCAAAGACCUUAAGAACUGGACUCUUGCUAGUGAGUUCGGUCCAGUGAAUGCUGUCGGUGGGGUAUGGGAGUGCCCCAAUCUCUUCCCACUCCCUGUCGAUGGAAAUAAAAACAACGUGAAAUGGGUCGCGUUGCUAGGACUUAACCCUGGUGGACCCCCUGGAACGAUCGGCUCAGGCAGCCAAUAUAUCGUAGGGAAUUUCGACGGAACGACCUUCACUGCGGACAGCGACAGUAUAUAUUCGGGGACUACCGCUCCACCAAGCGACAGCAUCAUUUUUGCGGACUUUGAAGGCACGGGAACUUUUACUGAUCUUGGCUGGACCCCUUCUGGAGACUUGAUCGGCCAGUCACCGGUCUCCGGCACUCUGCCUGGGCAACAAUCGGUUUCCGGUUACCUCGGUAAGCGCCUCGUCAAUACGUUCCUGGACGGGGAUGCCACGACAGGAACACUUACUUCUAGGUCCUUCACAAUCUCUAAGAGAUAUAUCAACUUCCUCAUCGGCGGUGGCCAUGACUUCAAUAAUACAGCGGUAUACUUGAAGAUAGACGGCGAGAUCGUGCGUUCCGCGACGGGUACCAACAGCGAGACCCUGUCCUGGCAGAGUUGGGAUGUCAGCUCGUUCCUGAACCAGACUGCCGUGAUUCAGAUUAUUGACACUGCAACCAGCGGCUGGGAUCACAUUAAUGUCGAUGAAAUUUCCUUCUCGGAUACCAUGGCGCGAAGCCAAGUGGCUAACUGGGUGGACUGGGGCCCAGACUUCUACGCGGCCCAGGUCUACAAUGGACUCCCUAUAGGCGAGCGCGUCGCUAUUGGGUGGAUGAAUAAUUGGCAAUACGGUGGACUCAUCCCUACUAGCCCAUGGCGCAGUGCAAUGUCUAUCCCCCGAGACUUGUCUCUGAAGACGGUUGGUGGAAAGGUUACUCUGGUGCAGAGUCCCAGGGAGAAUUGGGGCUCCAUUGUUAGCCGCAAGUGCUUCGACCAGUCCUGGUCUUUCGUGAAGGAAGGCACACAAUCAUUGGGUUCUGUUGGAAUGGCACUGAAGAUUGACUUAAGUUUCUCUGACCUGGAGCCUGCUGCAUCGGGAUCUUCCCAGUUCGGAAUCGCUGUUCGGGCUACUCCAGACAGCAAGCAACAGACACGAGUUGGCUAUGACUUUGCAACCAAGGAACUCUUUAUCGAUCGGACCCAAUCUGGCGACAUUUCAUUCGAUGGGACAUUUCCAGACAUUUAUUACGCUCCCCUGGCUGCUGAUGACAAGGGUCAAAUCAACCUGGAGAUUUAUGUGGACUGGUCCAGCGUUGAGGUCUUCGGAGGCCAAGGCGAAACGACAAUCACCACCCAAAUAUUCCCGAACGAUAUUGCCAGUUACGCCCAGAUCUUUUCCACGGGGGGAAGUACUCAGAAUGUCCGGGUUAGCAUCAAUAACAUUUCUUCAGCCUGGGACGAUUAGACAGGAUUGGGUGAAUGUAAGGCCCUCUGCUAUGUAUAUAAUUUUCUAGUGUAGCCAAAGGAAUGUAUACUGGUCG